AAUGGUUGGACAGUGGACGCGGUGCUGAUGUGGGCGCGUAACAUCGAAAGGCAUAUGGAAGGGGCUGAAGAUUGUGUCAUUUGCCUGAUGACCGUACAUUCUGUGACCUAUCAGCUGCCUCGUGUACGUUGCAAACAAUGCAAAAAGCGUUUCCAUUCCGAAUGCUUGGUAGGUUUCACAACUUUUAUUUCCUGUUUUUAUUCGUUCGUGCAGUAG